CCACGCGCCGAUCUACGGCGCACGCGUCUCGCGAAAUCGCCGCCGCCUGGUCCUCCCCUAGAGUUCCCACUUCCGGCUCCCGGGGUCCUGAGGACGCUGGGAACAUGAGGCUGUCUGCGGUAUGCGCCAUCUCCCACGGUCGCGUGUUCCGCCGACUGGGCCUCGGUCCCGAGUCCCGCAUCCACCUGUUGCGAAACUUACUCACCGGGCUGGUGCGACACGAGCGCAUCGAGGCGACAUGGGCGCGUGUGGACGAAAUGCGGGGCUACGCCGAGAAGCUCAUUGAUUAUGGAAAAAUGGGAGACACCAACGAACGAGCCAUGCGUAUGGCUGACUUCUGGCUUACAGAGAAAGACUUGAUCCCAAAGCUGUUUAAAGUACUGGCCCCUCGGUUCCAAGGUCAGAAUGGGGGCUACACAAGGAUGGUGCAGAUCCCAAAUCGAAACAAGGAGGAUCGGGCAAAGAUGGCAGUGAUCGAAUAUAAAGGGAAUUGCCUCCCGCCCCUCCCUGUACCUCAAAGAGACAGCAACCUUACACUUCUAAACCAGCUGCUGCACGGACUUCAGCAGGACCUUCAAAAGAACCAAGAAACAAGUGUCCACAGCUCCUAUACAGAUCAGACACCAAGGAUUUAACCAGAACUGGAAUUUGCCGCUCCUCGGUGGCUAUGAUGACUGGCGUUUGGAGUUCUUUUCAUGUCUGAGAAGAACUGGAGCCAAAGUUGUAAAAUGGACAGUCUUAAUGGAACCCGGAAACUUCUGGGGACUGAGAUGGAUCUCUCUUUGCCCAAAAGAUAAAAUUCCUUACCAUGAAUAUAUGUAAAAUGAUUUUUUUUAAUUCCCUUAGGGUUUCUGGGAAAAUAAGAACCAUUAAAUCCUGAGACUACCUGAGGAUAGUAAAUCCAUGAUUUAUGUUUA